AUGGCACCGCUAUUCACCCCCGAAGAUAAGAAAAUAUCGGUCGCAUUCGUAUGCUUAGGUAACAUUUGCCGUUCACCAAUGGCAGAAGCCAUUUUCAAACAUAGAGUUCAGGAGUUGGGAUACGCACCAUAUUUCAAAAACAUUGAAUCGUUCGGUACUUCAGGAUGGCAUAUAGGUGAGCUGCCCGACUCACGAUCGGCUAAAACUUGCAGAAAACAUGGUGUACCUGUCCAACACCUGGCACAACAAAUCAGUGCCAAAGAUUUUGACAGGUUUGAUUAUGUUAUAGGUAUGGAUGAAAGUAACCUCUCCGACUUGAGGUACCUAAAGCCAAGAGGAAGCAAAACUGUGGUUGAUUUGUUUGGAAGAUGGAGAACUAACAUGGAAUUCGAUAAAAUCGUGGGUGAUCCAUACUACGGAGGUAUUGACGGAUUUGAAUACAAUUUUAACCAAAUUAGUCAUUUCACUGACGAGUUUUUAAAACAAGAAAUUGGAACUUUGGAUUAG